AUCUCUCUCUCUCUCUCUCUCUCUCUCUCUCUCCUUACGCGCGCGCUGCUGUUCGCGUUUCUUUUGAACCAGGCUCAGGAGCGCUAACGUGAUCACGUGACCGCGUGCCGCACGUCACUGGUCACGUGUUUCUGGCGGACGGAAUCAAGCGUUGGUACAGUGUUGUGUUUUCAGCACGCGCGCUUCAGUAAAGUUGUGUCAGUAAUUUUUAAAGACUUUCCAAAGGCUUAUGAAAAGCUUUGUAGCAAGCGGAAGUCAUACAAGUGAGGCUCGCUAAUGAGCACAGUCACACUGUGUUAAUGAAGAAAAUAUACGAAUUAAAAAGUUAACUUUAGCAAGUCCAGAGAUCCGUGUUGCAGAGCAGGGGAAGAGUUAAGGGUUAGGGUUAGGGAUUAAUCAACAUAUAUAGCAGAGUUUAUCUUAACGCUUACAGCACCAUGAACACAGCUACUUUCUUUCUGCUGCAAGCUGUUUCGCUAAAAGCUCUGUGCUUGUGCCUGAACAGGACAUCAGAACAAAGACCAAGUAUAGUGAUGGUCAUGUCCGAUUCAUUUGAUGGAAGAUUGACCUUUCACCCUGGGAAUAAAGUUGUCCAGCUCCCAUAUAUUAACUACAUGAGGCAGAUGGGUGCGAUCUUCCUCAACUCCUACACAAAUUCUCCCAUUUGUUGUCCUUCAAGGGCAGCUAUGUGGAGUGGGAAAUUCGUCCAUUUAACUCAGGCCUGGAACAAUUACAAAUGCCUUGCUCCCAAUGCCACUACAUGGAUGGAUGAUCUGCAGAAAGCUGGGUAUCACACCCACCGUAUGGGGAAGCUAGACUACACAUCAGGGGGCCACUCGGUCAGCAAUCGUGUGGAGGCGUGGACCAGAGAAGUGGCAUUUCUUCUGAGGCAGGAGGGUCGUCCAGUGGCAGACUUAGUAGGUAACAGAUCCACAGUUAGAGUCAUGACCAAAGACUGGAACACCACAGACAGUGCUGUGCAGUGGAUCAGACAGAAAGCCACAGCUCUGUCACAGCCCUUUGCUCUGUAUCUGGGGCUGAAUCUGCCUCAUCCAUACUGCACAGAGGAGCUGGGUCCCACUGCUGGAGGCUCCACCUUCCGCACCUCACCCUACUGGCUCAAAAAGGUUUCCACGGAGCAAGUUUCCCUCCCAAAGUGGUUGCCGUUUUCUCAAAUGCACCCUGUUGAUUAUUAUUCCACCGUCACCAAAAACUGCAGUGGCAACUUUUCUGAGCAGGAGAUCAGAGACAUCCGAGUCAGUUAUUAUGCCAUGUGUGCCGAAACAGACAGCAUGCUUGGUGAAGUGAUUGCUGCUCUCAGAGACACAGGUUUAUUAAACAGCACAGUCGUGCUUUUCACCUCGGAUCAUGGCGAUCUGGCCAUGGAGCACAGGCAGUUCUAUAAGAUGUCCAUGUUUGAAGGCAGCUCCCACGUUCCCUUACUUAUGAUGGGGCCAGGGGUUAAGUCUGGGACUGAGAUCAGUUUACCGGUCUCUCUCGUAGACCUGUAUCCUUCUGUACUUGACUUUGCAGGUAUCUCAAUCCCACAUGGUUUGAGUGGUCACUCUCUGGUCCCUCUGAUCUCACAGAGUAAUAAGCAGUCCACCAAACCUCACCCUGGCUGGAUACUCAGUGAAUACCAUGGCUGCAAUGCUAACGCCUCCACAUACAUGCUAAGGAUGGAUAAGUGGAAGUACAUCACGUAUUCAGAUGGCUUGAGUGUCCCACCACAACUAUUUGAUCUGUCUAUGGAUGAAGCUGAGCUAAAGAACGUGGGAUCCCGUUACCCUGUCAUGUGUCAGCACCUGGACAAGCUGCUGCGCUCAGUGGUGGAUUAUCCCAACGUCACCGAGGCCGUCCGCCAAUACAACAAGCAGGAGUUUCUGCAGUGGAAGCAGAGUCUUGGGAACAAUUACACACAGGUCAUUGCCAACCUGCGCUGGCACGUGGACUGGCAAAAGAACGUACAAAAUAAUGAGAAAGCGAUUGAGGACUGGCUUGACAGGUUACAAUGAUCUAACACUGUUCAAAGUCUCCCAGAAUCAAAUACACAAAACAGGACUGAAAACUUGCUACAAAAUCACUGUUUCAUUUGUAAUUGUGUCUUUCUUGCAUUAUUUGUUUAAAAAUGGAUCCAACUUAAUUCACUAAUACUCAUUCUGGUGCUUCUGGUAGUGGGAUUUAACAGAGUAAGAUAUUUUAUAUUAUAAACAAAUAAUUUUUUUAUCUUAUUGUACAUUAAAUAAAUCCCUUGAGCUGCAAUGCAAUAUGCAAAUGCAAUAUUCAUAACAUUUAUUGACCACAUUUAUUGAUUUUUUGCCUGUACCUUUUUUUUAAACAGAGAGAAUUGUUCUACUUUUAUAAGCAAUGCUUUUGUGUAGUUGUUACAUUAAUUUAUUGUAAAUUAAGUAUUGUGUAUAAAGCCAUUGAUAUUUUAGUAAUAAAUUCAUUAAAAUUAAA